AUGAGCGGAGCGGGAGGAUUCCAUCUUCCCCAGCCCUUCUCGCCCCCUGGUGGCGGUCAGAUCAGUCCCGGCUCAAUCACCUACACGACCAGCCAAGAUCGCGAUGGUCGUAUCGUAUACCAUCCGUUCAAAGCUGUGACGGCCAGUUAUCAGACUCCUCAGGGUGUCGUACACGGUAUCCAAUGGGUCCCCGCUGAGGCCACCCAGAUUCUUCCUGCCGGCGCUAUGCCUGCAAAUGCGGCAAGUAAUGAGUUUGCCGCUUCUUGGAAUCGCGGCCAGUUGAGCAGAGAUGAAGAGAAACAAAUCAAACAAUGGCAAAAAGAAGAAGAGAAACGCCGCAAGAAAGAAGAAAAAGUUGCUCACAGGCAACGUGAGCACGAACGUGAGAUUCAAGACCUUGAGCAGCAGCUGGCUCGCGAGAGGGAAACCCUCGUGAGAGAGAAAAGAAGGAGUGUCAACUUCGACAGGCCGAGCAGCCCUUCGGGCUAUGGUUCUGCUCCUGGCACCGCUGCCUAUGGGCAAUACGCUCGCAGCCCCAAUUCUGGAGGUGUUGAAUUAGAUCGCCAGUUUAGGGAUCUCGAGAUUGAAGGUCGUAACAAGAGGUACUCUAUCGGUGACGACAAGAACCGCAGAAUGAGCGGUCAUUACGGUGGCGGCGUUUAUGGGUCGGCUACUGGAAAUACUGCUGGGGCUGGGAUGUACGGGGCACCCAGCAGCGGAGGCGCAUACCCAAGCGGCACCGGAUACCCGCCUGCGAGCGCGCCAUCCCCCUACAGGCAGCCUAGCGGGUUCCCCUCUUCCCCCAACGCACGCCAUGCCGACUUGUCAGGCUACCCGCCCUCUGACCCUGUUGGUGCCAGAGCACCUUCACCUUACAAUCUUGCCGGAGGUCCAUCGCCCUACGCUCCCCCGGCUGGCGGCAUGCGUGCGCCUUCGCCUCAGCCGCCGCGAGCCCCGUCCCCGUAUGCCCCACCCCCGCGCGCGCCAUCACCGUACUCUGUUCCGGCACCCCGUGCUCCUUCGCCGUACUCUGUCCCAGGUGCUCGUGCCCCUUCGCCGUACUCUGUCCCGGCGCCCCGUGCUCCCUCUCCGUAUCAUGUACCGCCCCGUGCGCCAUCCCCUUACGCUCCGCCUCCGCGAGCGCCUUCGCCGUAUGCACAGCCGCGUGCACCUUCACCAUAUGCACAACCGAGUGCUCCUUCGCCAUAUGCACAGCCGCGUGCGCCUUCACCAUAUGCACAGCCGAGUGCUCCUUCGCCGUACGGUGCGCCUCCACCGGGCUCUGCAGGGGUUCCGUAUGGGCCUCCCUCGCGCGCUGCGUCCCCGUACCGCGCGGCUUCCCCAUACGCACCGCCUGCUGGAGCAUCCCAAAUGUACCCUCGUGGACACAUCCUGGAAGGGCAACCAAUGGCUCGUACAAUGUCCCCGAUGCCUACUGCUAGCGUUCAGGGCGGCGCGUACCCGUCUUCCCCGCGCAUGUCUUCCAUGACGCCCGCAGAGCAGCAGCAGCUCGCUUCUCCCGAGUGCUUCUCGCGCAUGCCCAACGUGGGGCAGGCGUACACACCGUUCUCCAUGAUGAAGGUUCAAGACAUGGAGGCAUUUUAUGACCAGAUCCCGAGAAUGCCACUUGUCCUCGAGACGCAUGAUAUUUACCAUGAAGAUUGGAUCAGGUUCAUGAAUGACCUUGCGCUUGCAUGGGCUGGAAGAAUGCCCAUCCCUCAGGCACAACAGGGUGGUGCCCCACCUCGGCGCUCGAAUAUGAUCGCUGACCUCAUCGACCUGUGGAACAACUCAUUCUUCCUUCACCGUCGCCUUGAGAUCCUCCUGUACAAAGGACGUGAGCGUCGUUCUGGCCCGCACGCCGGCAUUGUCGACAACCAUCUGCCUCACUACGACAGCGACGGUUCUUCAGACUCUUCAGACUCUUCCUCUUCUACCGAGUCCGACUCGGAGGGUGACAGAUAUCCAGCUUACGGGCGUGAUCUGACUGAGUCGGCCAGGCGACGCCGCGAAAAGGAAGAGAAGAAGAGGCGCAAGAAGGAGAAGAAGGCUAAGAAGAAGGCCAAGGAACGCGAAAAACGUUACGCUAUCUAUGUUACCUAUGUCCCUCCCAGAGAGGGCUCUGUUGCAGGUGGCUUCUACGCCUAA